CCAUUUCUUUCUUUUGCACUGCAACAGCACAGCACAGCACACCCUCUUCAUUUCGCCUCCCGUCCCCUCAAUAAACCUUCCCUUGCCCUCCGCUCACACAAUCCCCUCCUCCUCCCCAAGAAACCCCAGACAACCAACCCUCCUCGUCGCCGAUCACCGCCGGACGGGAGCUCCCUCCGCCGUCUCCCGGCGACUCCUCACUUAAUGCAAUGGUCAAGAAGAAAUCUUCAUGGAGCCAGGUUCUGAGUGGCAGGCCAACAAACCUCUUUGUUCCUGCAAGAAAUCUUCCAGUGCAGGAUCUUGGAGCUGUAAUUUUCGGCUGCACAAACAAUACUAUUGCUGAGUGCCACUCGCGCCAACUUUUUGGCUUGCCAAAAGCACAUCUCUCAUAUGUACACAACAUCAAGGAAGGGCUACCUCUAUUCCUGUUCAAUUAUGAUGAUCGCAGAUUGCAUGGCGUUUAUGAAGCUGCAAGCAAUGGCAAAUUCUGUCCUGAAUCAAAUGCAUGGACAAAUAAUGGCUACGAAAAGACAAGCUAUCCUGCUCAGGUUGCAAUGCGGAUAAGAAUGUGGUGUGUUCCACUAGAGGAGAGUAAAUUCAGGAAUGCUAUUAUAGGCAAUUAUUACCAGAAGACGCCCACUGUCUAUGGCCAGAAGCCUCACUUCUUCAGAUUUGAAUUGGAUCAUGCACAAACACGUGCUUUGAUGGCUAUGUUUACUCCUUCGCCUUCCCCCAUCAAGUUCUGGACGCCUCCUGUUUCACAACCAGGAGCUCAGCAUGUGAGUGAACCAACACCACCUCCUGUGUGGGUACAAAAAUUUGAGGGUAACAAUGAGCUCAAAGCAGAAAAGGUUUUAGUGUCAUAUGCAGAUGCGGUAAAGCAAAGCAAGUUUGAGGUUGAAGGAGUUGGACUAAGAGAUGUGGAUGAUGGGCGGAACAAUGAGUGGAACAAUGAGCGGAACAAUGAGUGGAACAAUGAGCGGAACAACGAGCUCAAACCAGAAAAGGGUUUAGUGUCAUAUGCAGACAUGGUAAAGCAGAACAAGUUUGAGGUUGAGGGAGUUGGAAUGGCAGAUGUGGACAAUGGGCAUGCCAGCUCAAGCAAAGAAUCUUCCAAUGGUUUCGAUGAUCUCGACUGCAAAGAGACACCACCAGAGUGGGAGGAUCAUGCACUGUUCAGUAAGGGAGUUGAAGUGCAACAGCAGCAACAAUCUGCCCAGCAGGAAAAUGAGCUUAGCUUCACGUUGGUAUUAGAGAAGCUUAAGGCUCUAUCAGUCCAGCAACUUAAUUCUGAAUUUUAUGUCAAUGGAGCUGGAACAGAAGGCAUUGAUGCAUAUGGUUGUAAGGACAUGCAAGAAGUUAAAGGUACAUUUCUUGAGGGGCACUGUGGUUUGCCGGAGAACUUAGAUACCGAAGUCGAUCAGCUUGCCUGGGAGCAUUCCAGUUUGCUACUCCAAGGAUUGGACUAUGAAUCCUAUUCAGAAGCUAAGUUGAUAGAUGUGGUUAAAGGACUGUCCGAACGUAUAGAGACUAUGGAGAAGAAGCAGAUUAUUUCCAACAAAGAAGUCAAAUGCCUACAAGGAGUGAAUGACAGGUUGCUGAAAAGAGUUGUUGAGCUAAAGAACACAGUGAAGAAUUUGAAUUCGAAAAUAGAUCCUUUAUCUCUAGAUGAUUCACUAAAUCAGUUUGUUGAAGAAUGUUUGGGUUCAGAAGAUGUCAUUUAUCUCAUUGGUGGUUUCGAUGGCAUCUCAUUUUUGUCAUCAUUAGACUCCUUCUCACCCUCCUUGGACAUACUAACACCUCUGAAACCAAUGACUGCUGGGAAGUCCUAUACCUCUGCUGUCGCGUUAGAUGGCAAAAUAUUUGUUCUUGGUGGUGGUGAUGGCGCUUGCUGGUUUGAUACAGUUGACUGUUAUGACCGAAGACGUGAUGAUUGGACCCCAUGCCCAGCACUGACUCAUGGAAAGGGGAGCCUCGCUGGAGUUGGUUUGCAUGGGAAAAUUUAUGCAUUUGGCGGUGGAGAUGGCAUUUGCUGUUUCUCUGACAUGGAGGUGUUUGAUCCUGCUCAGGGAAAGUGGACAAAGAGUCACCCUAUGCUAGAAAAGCGCUUUUCUCUAGCUGGUGCGGAACUUAAUGGUGUGAUUUAUGCAGUUGGCGGUUUCAAUGGCGUUCGAUAUCUGAGCUCUGCUGAGAGGCUUGAUCCUAGGGAGCCUAACUGGAAAAUGCUCCCAGCAAUGAGUGCAGUAAGAGGUUGUCAUACGGUGGCAGUGCUUGAUGAGAAGAUAUAUGUAAUGGGUGGUUAUGAUGCUGAUGCUGGAGCAAUGUCGUCCACUGUUGAGUUCUAUGAGCCAAGAAUGCCGUCAUGGAUGACGGUGGAACCAAUGAACUACACCAGAGGGUACCACUCUUCAGCUGUGCUCGGUGGCUCGAUAUUCACUCUGGGUGGGGUCAAAGGUGAAGCAGAUACAAUCUUGGAUGUGGUGGAGCGCUACAAGGAAGGCUGUGGUUGGGUGAAUACAGGGAUGAAGUCAAUCGGCAGCAGAUGCUACUGCUCUGCCAUUGUUCUCUGAGACUCUGACCGACCGCCUUUCCCCGAUCUACUUGACACUCCGAACCUAUACCUACUAUCUAAGUAUCUAUCUAAGCUGCUGCUGAUGAUGAGUGAACGGCAAAGCAAACUGUUAAGACCCUGGAGGGUCCUCUCUUUGUCCUUGUCUAAAUUCAGAAGCCCUUGCCUCCUGAACCGAGAAAACCGUCGACGACUGUCCAAUUUCUCGUUUCUUGUUUUUUGGAUCUUAAUUGACAGUGCAGCAAGCAUCUGAUUUGAAACUGAACUGAAAUGCGAAAAGGGACACGAACUAUAUGGACGAACAUUUGAUCUGU